UACACUGACAAUGGACACCCCUCUACACAAACAACUAACCGAAACACACACACACCCAACACACACACACACACACACAAAGGGACAAAGAGAGAGAACAGUGAAGUCAUGUUGAGAAUAGAUAGACAGUUGAGAGUCAUUGGAACAACUGGAGACACACACCUGCUUACUGCUGUUAGAUCUGAGCAGUGGGCGGGAGUUGAGCUGAAAACAGAAAGUGAAAGCUAUAAGCAGGAAGGAAGAGGAAGCCUGAAUGAUCGAGAUUCAAGAAAAAGGACCUGAGACACUUUACUCCAGUUAAAUUUGGAUAGCUUGCGAUCCAGGGAGGCGUUCAACACUCACACCAGGGGUCCUUCAGCGCUGCUGUUUGGGAUGUGACCCGAGUUCAAUACCAGCUGCCAGCCUGUUAUGCCUUAUGCUUUUAUCUAUGUUAUCAGUGGUUGAAAAAGUUUCCUCUCAUCUCUAAAAUGGUCUGUUAAGGACUUUAAUGCUGGCUUUAGUCCACCUUUCACUUGUGGGGUCUGAGCCCACUUCAAAACAAACUUUAACCCCUCCUCACACAGUGGGAGAACAGUCAACUUUAGGCACAGAUAAUCUGUCUUUUCCUUGGAGCCGUCUUCGCCUGCCGAGGUUCAUCACUCCACUCCACUACCGUCUCCUCCUGCAUCCCAACCUCACCAGUCUACAUUUCACUGGCUCAGUGCAAAUCCAGAUUGAUGUCCAGACAACCACAAACUGGGUUGUACUGCACAGCAGUCUGAACAUCACCCAAGCCACGAUAUUAGACCAGAACCACGCUCAUCUGUCUGACCAGGUUCUUCCAGUUCUUCAUAACCCCUCCCAUGAGCAGAUUGGUAUUUUCUCACCCAGGGUGCUCACCAGUGGGCAUAAGUACUUUCUUUAUAUCGAGUUUGGGGCAGAACUAGCAGAGGGCUUCCAUGGCUUUUAUAAGAGCACAUACAGGACCAGCACAGGAGAGACCAGAACUUUAGCUUCAACUCACUUUGAGCCCACGAAUGCUCGGAUGGCCUUCCCGUGUUUCGAUGAGCCAAGCUUCAAAGCCAGCUUCUCAGUCCACAUAAAGAGGAGUCCAGAGUUCAUCGCACUGUCCAACAUGCCUGUGGUACAGACAGUUGAAGUCAGCGAGUACCUGCUUGAGGACCAGUUUGAUGUUAGCGUCAAGAUGAGCACAUACCUCGUAGCUUUUGUCCUCUGUGACUUUAAGUCUGUCACUGCAACAACAUCGUCUGGGGUGCAGGUUUCCAUCUAUGCUGCCCCUGAGAAGAUGCAACAAACACACUACGCCCUGGAGGUUGCUGUCAAAAUGCUCGACUUCUAUGAAGAGUAUUACAUAAGAUAUCCUCUACCCAAACAAGAUCUGAUAGCCAUCCCAGAUUUCGAGUCUGGUGCAAUGGAGAACUGGGGUUUGACCACCUACAGAGAGACCAGCCUUCUUGAUCCCCUCACAUCCUCUCUUUCUGAUCAACUUUGGGUUACUAUGGUGGUUGGCCACGAGCUUGCCCAUCAGUGGUUUGGUAACUUGGUGACCAUGGAGUGGUGGAACGAUAUCUGGCUGAAUGAAGGAUUUGCCAGGUACAUGGAGUACAUUUCAGUGGAGGCCACAUACCCUGACCUGAAAGUGGAGGAAUAUUUACUGCACACCUGUUUUGCAGCAGUUGGCCUCGAUUCAUUGAACUCCUCUCGACCGAUAUCGAGCCAGGCAGAGAACCCCACACAGAUCAAAGAGAUGUUUGACACAGUCUCCUAUGACAAAGGAGGAUGUGUUCUGCACAUGCUUCGACACUUUCUGACUGAUGACGUAUUCCAGAGUGGGAUAGUACGAUACCUCCGCAAACACAGCUACAGAAACGCACAGAACCAGGACCUGUGGGACAGUCUUGCCAAUACCUGCUCAGAGGAGGACUUCAUCUCAGGAAAACACUGUUACAGUAGCGACCAGGCGUCCAAGAAUGCAGCAGGGGAACACCUGGACCUGACUGCCAUGAUGAACACUUGGACUCUGCAGAAAGGGAUCCCUGUGUCUGUUAAGAGGAAGGGCUCUCGUCUUCUGCUGAGACAGGAAAGGUUCCUGAGGACUGUGCUGCCCUCUGACCCUCUGUGGUCCACAAUGCAACAGGGUUUUCUGUGGCACAUUCCUUUGACAUACAAGACAGGUGCUUCCAGCACCAUCCACAGACACCUGAUGACACACACAGAUAGUAUAGAUUUACAGGAGGAAGUCAGCUGGGUGAAAGUCAACAGUGACAUGACAGGAUAUUAUGUAGUGCAUUAUGAGGAUGAUGGUUGGGACGAGAUGACAAACCUGCUGAGGGAUGACCACUCUGCUCUGAGCUAUAAAGACAGGACGCAUUUGAUUCAUAACGCUUUUCAACUGGUGACAGCCGGUCUUCUGCCGCUGCAUAAAGCCUUAGACCUGAUUGGUUACCUGCAGUUGGAGACCCACACUGUGCCUCUUCUCCAAGGACUGGGCUACCUGGAGUUCUUUUACCGGAUGAUUGAAAUGAAAGAGCUUGAUCUGACAAGGAACCUGGGGGUUUACAUUCUGCGAUUUUUCCGUGAGGUCAUUGACCAGCAGACGUGGAGCGACAGCGGGUCUGUUUCAGAGCGACGGCUGAGGUCAGAGGUCCUGUCACUGGCCUGCCACCUUGAAGACCCUCCCUGUGUGGAGCGAGCACGCCAGAGCUUCAACGACUGGCUUCAGUCCAACGGUACACUCAACCUGCCCACUGAUGUGGCAGAGACAGUGUAUUCAGUGGGAGCGCAGGAUGACCACGGCUGGGCUUCACUCCUACACACAUACAGCAUCUCCCUCUUUUCAGCUCAAAAAAGCAAGAUUCUGUUUGCUUUGACCUGCAGCAAAGACACAAACAAACUACACAGACUGCUGGAAUUGGGUCUGGAGGGGAAGGUAAUUCGAUCUCAAGACUUGUCCGGUCUCAUUCUCAUGGUAGCCAGGAACCCACAUGGACAUCACCUCGCCUGGAACUUUGUCAAAAAGAACUGGCACACACUGGUUCAAAAAUUCCAGUUGGGCUCUUCUUGUAUCAGAAACAUCCUCAUUGGGACCACAGGCCAGUUUUCAUCUCCAGAGGAUCUUGCAGAAGUUCAGUUGUUUUUCGAGUCCAUCAAAGAACAGACCUCUCAGCUCAGAGUGACUCAGAUUGCCCUGGACAAUAUGCAGAAAAACGUCCGUUGGGUUCAGAGGAACCUGGAGACUCUGAGACUCUGGGUGAACGAGCAAAUGAGAUGAAGGAGAGCAGAAACAGAGCUGGUGGAUAUAUAUGCACUAGAGCAGCCCUGUCUGCCCAAACCACCUCCCUGUAACUCUAAUGUGGUACUCAUGUCCAUGGUUUAAUUUAUUUAAAGAAAUUUUUCACAGAACAGCAUAAUCCAGGCAGUGACACUCUGUGAUCAUAACAUCAUCAUGAAAACAAUGACAUCUUGUACCACAUAAUUUGCAUAGACAGGGUUGCACAGGGGGGUUGUUUAAAAGGUUUUGUUAUUUUUUUCUAAAAUUUGUGAGUACUGUUCUUAAUAACACUGAAGAGUUGACAAUUUUGAAUAAAAAAAACAUCAUAAUAUUUUUGGGGACUUAUUUCUAAGACAAAAGGAUUAUCAAUUAUCAGCAGGCAGCUGAGCGGUGAACUGUGUGAUGGAGCUUUGUGUGCUAUGAUUGCUGUUUUGUUUGUGUGUAUCUGCUUGUGUUUGUGAGAUUUUUUUUAUGUAUUGUUGAAAUUUUAAAAAAUUGUGCACUGAAAUUGUGUAUCAUUAAAUCUAGGUCAGUUUGUGCUUGAAACUUUUUGCAAACAUCAUUCUAUGAAACGUUGCUGCCCAUAACAAGAUUUCAUCGAUUUCAUAAAAGAAGUCCAUUCCAAAGUCAUGCACAAAUGUUGAGUAGAUUGCUGUUUAAAUAGACUAAUAAAAGUCUUUGAUUGAA